AUGACAUCAUCAGAAGAAACUCGCGUUACAUUGUUUUUAUAUUAUCAAUACACGAAGAUGGAUAUGCAGUCUUCAAGCUCCUCAACAUUGCCCAAUCCGGGUGAUCUUGUCUGGGCGAAGAUGAAGGGAUUUCCGCCGUGGCCCGCAAAAGUUCUGGAAAAAGACAAAGACACUCCUCUAUCCCGUAUUCCUGUUCUAUUUUUCGGAACUGGAGAAAAAGCCUUCAUGAAAGCCUCCGACGUGUGCGACUACUACGAAAACAAAGCACAGUACGAAGUACCAAGGAAGCAUAAGUUACUUUUAAAUUUAUGA